AUGGCUUCUAUUUAUGUGAGCUUCUUGUUACAAUAUCAGGCAAUCAACGCUCUGGCAUUCGACUCUCGGCAUUCGAUCCUAGGACUCGACUCUCGGAAAUCGACGCUCGGCAAUCAACUCUCUGGCAUUCGACGCUCGGCAAUCGACGCUCGGCAAUCGACGCUCGGCAAUCGACGCUCGGCAAUCAACUCCCAGCUUCAGUGUUCGGCUCCCAGCACCCGAGUAUCCAUUGCCAACACGACCGCAACAGCGAACACCACGAGCAUUACGAGCACCGACGCGAGCAACACUGGUGCUGUCAGUGAAGUCAUUAGCAGAUCCAUCGCAUGA